CAAUCUUCAAGGUUUGUUAACAGAUGAGGUAUUAGAGCCAAGGAGAGAUGGCCGGAGUCACAGUCACUGGGAUGUCACGCUCGAUGAGGAGCCAGGUCAAGUCAAGGUUCAUCCACUGGUCUCUGUCCACCACAGCGACCAGAGGACAGGCCACCCAGAUCAGCUACAAGGCUGCUCCCAAAGGCGAUGUCGAGUUCAAACCCAUCCGCAGCGUACUUUGUGCUAACAGAGGAGAGAUCGCUAUACGAGUGUUCCGAGCAUGUACGGAGCUGGGUAUCAGAUCGGUGGCCAUAUAUUCCGAGCAGGAUAAGAUGCACAUGCACAGACAGAAGGCUGAUGAGUCAUACCUUGUUGGCAAGGGUCUGCCACCAGUCCAGGCCUAUCUUAACAUUCCAGAAAUCAUUCGAGUCGCUAAGGAGAAUGACGUAGACGCCAUCCAUCCUGGUUACGGUUUCUUGUCCGAGCGAUCAGAUUUUGCCCAGGCAGUGAUUGACGCAGGAAUAAGAUUCAUCGGCCCUUCACCUUUUGUAGUUCAACAGAUGGGAGACAAAGUCGCAGCAAGAGUGGCUGCCAUUGAGGCAGGAGUGCCGAUUGUUCCUGGCACAGACGGCCCAGUCACCACUACGGACGAGGCCAUGGAAUUUUGCCUCAAACACGGUCUGCCUGUCAUCUUCAAGGCUGCCUAUGGAGGUGGAGGCCGAGGUAUGAGAGUGGUGCGCAAAAUGGAGGAAGUAAAAGAGAACUUUGAAAGAGCGACAUCAGAAGCAGCUGCUGCAUUCGGUAACGGAGCGAUGUUCAUUGAGCGCUUCAUCGAGCGACCGCGUCACAUUGAAGUGCAGCUCAUGGGAGACAAGGCUGGCAACGUGGUGCACCUGUACGAGAGGGACUGCUCAGUCCAGCGCAGACACCAGAAGGUGGUGGAGAUUGCACCUGCACCUCACCUUGACGAUAAGGUUCGUCAAUCGAUGUUCACCAAUGCUGUGAAUCUUGCCAGACACGUCGGCUACUCUAAUGCAGGAACUGUAGAGUUCUUGGCAGAUAGCAGCGGAGGAUUCUACUUUAUAGAAGUCAAUGCUCGGCUCCAAGUAGAGCACACUGUCACAGAGGAAAUCACUGGAGUGGAUUUGGUACAAACUCAAAUUCGAGUUGCUGAAGGCAUGACCCUGCCAGAGCUUGGUCUCACCCAAGAGAAGAUCCAUCAGCAAGGUUACGCAAUACAGUGCCGAGUGACGACGGAAGAUCCUGCCAAAAACUUCCAACCUGACACUGGCAGGAUUGAGGUAUUCAGGAGUGGAGAGGGUAUGGGUAUCCGAUUGGAUGGAGCCUCAGCAUUUGCUGGUGCCAUCAUUUCACCAUACUACGACUCACUGCUAGUGAAGGUCAUUGCCCAUGCUGCCGAUUUGCAAGCCUCUUGCGCCAAGAUGAGUCGAGCACUGUGUGAGUUCCGAGUCCGAGGUGUCAAGACGAACAUUCCAUUCUUGUUGAACGUACUGCAGAAUCAGAAGUUUGUCAAUGGAACAGUCGACACAUAUUUUAUUGACGAAAAUCCGCAACUAUUUACAAUGAAACCCUCACAAAACAGAGCCCAGAAACUGCUCAACUAUCUCGGUUCUGUCCUCGUCAACGGUCCUUCUACACCUCUAGCAACUGAACUGAAACCUGCUGACGUCAAGCCUCCAAUACCCGAGCUGCCAAUUGGUAUGUGGCCUGUAACUGACUAUUGUCUCACCUGGUGGAGGCUCUCUGCUUCCUUUCAAAUUUUCUUUUAUCGAAAACCAAUUCCUGUAAAUAAUAUGUAACUUGCCAUAAACGGUUUUAUCCUAAUAUUCUAACAAGUUCU